ACCGUAGGCUGUCCCUGUCCUGUGGCGUCUGAUUUCUCUGAGGUUUGAGUUCAGUUUCAUCUUUGUUAUCCACUUCCCCCAACUCAAUGGAAGAAACUCAGCCAUUGCUGCUUCCAUGCUUCUUCAGAAGCACUCCUCCCUCAGCCGUGGAGUGAUUCGGUUCAGUUCAAGCGAGAGUCCGGGUUUCCAUCCCGAAAGGGUCACACUCUUCUAGUGUGCUUUCGCCUUUCGGAAGUCCCCGCUUUGUCCAAUCCGAGAGAAGCCCCAAGAUGGUCGUGAUUCAUGCCUCUCCUUACAAGGUUCUCACUCAAAGGACUUGCGGUUGUUUGGGGAAGACGACUUCAGUCAACAACCUAUUUUACUCGAGGAGAAGCUCUUUGCUUGAAAAUUUUUCGUUGUUGGGCAGGAUGAGAAUCUGUAGUUUUUCAGGUGCCAAUGUGCCUUCAUCCAAGCGGAGGUCUCGAGGGCCGGUUAUGGCAGCCAAGAAAGCUGCUGAAGGGGGGAAGCAAGAUGAGGGCAAAUACAAGCACACAGUUGAUCUACCUAAGACAAGUUUUGGGAUGAGAGCAAAUUCUUCUCUUAGGGAGCCAGAGAUACAGAAAAUGUGGGACGAAAACCAGGUGUUUGAAAGGAUUGUCAACAGAAAUAGUGGGGAGAGUUUUGUGCUUCAUGAUGGUCCCCCCUAUGCAAAUGGUGACCUGCAUAUUGGUCAUGCCUUAAAUAAGAUUUUGAAGGACAUAAUCAACCGAUUUAAGCUUCUUCAGAAUUUUAAAGUAUACUAUGUUCCUGGUUGGGAUUGCCAUGGCCUGCCAAUUGAACUGAAAGUUCUACAGUCACUGGACCAGGAUGCCAGGAAAGGUCUCACUCCGAUGAAGUUGAGAGAAAAGGCAGCGAAAUUUGCCAAGUCCACUGUUAAAUCUCAGAUGGCAUCAUUCAAGCGAUUUGGGGUGUGGGCUUCGUGGAACAACCCUUACCUAACUCUUGAUCCAGAGUAUGAAGCUUCUCAGAUUGAAGUCUUUGGCCAAAUGGCCCUUCAAGGUUACAUUUAUAGAGGCAGGAAACCGGUUCAUUGGAGCCCAUCUUCGCGUACGGCUCUUGCAGAGGCCGAGUUGGAGUAUCCUGAAGGGCAUGUCUCAAGAAGUAUAUAUGCCAUUUUCAAGUUAGUUGAUGCCUCGCCAUCAUCCACUAGCUUAAUCAGUGAAUUCCUUCCUGACCUGGGCUUGGCUAUAUGGACAACAACUCCAUGGACAAUUCCAGCCAAUGCAGCGGUUGCUGUGAACGGUAAACUUCAAUAUGCUAUAGUCGAAGUACAUUCCUCUCCAGGGGACACUCCUGUACCUAAGGAAGAUAAAAGACGCAAACUUGGACUGGUUUUGAAGGGUGACAAGAGGCCUUUUCUUGUUGUGGCAUCGGAUCUUGUGCUGGCACUAGAAGUAAAAUGGGGUGUGAAGCUUUCCGUGAAGAAAAUUCUGUUGGGUUCUGAUCUUGAAAACUGCAGGUAUAUCCAUCCCAUAGAUAAGAGGGAGUGCCCAGUUGUCACUGGAGGAGAUUAUAUCACAACAGAAUCUGGAACUGGACUGGUCCAUACAGCUCCAGGUCACGGUCAAGAAGAUUAUGUCACUGGCCUGAAAUAUGGACUUCCUAUUCUUUCUCCUGUAGGUGAUGAUGGGAAGUUCACUGAAGAAGCUGGACAGUUUAGCGGACUUGAUGUACUUGGGGAUGGUAAUACUGCUGUUGUGAACUACUUGGAUGGACAGUCAUCAAUUGUCAUGGAAGAAUCAUAUCAACACAAAUAUCCGUAUGAUUGGCGAACAAAAAAACCUACUAUAUUUAGGGCAACUGAGCAGUGGUUUGCUUCAGUGGAAGGGUUUCGUCAGGCUGCUAUGGAUGCAAUUGGGAAUGUCAAAUGGAUCCCACCUCAGGCUGAGAACAGAAUUUCUGCAAUGACUUCUAGCCGGUCCGAUUGGUGCAUAUCUCGGCAAAGAACAUGGGGUGUACCCAUUCCGGUUUUUUAUCAUAAACAAACCAAGGAGCCUCUAAUGAAUGAAGACACUAUUAAUCAUAUUAAAUCCAUAAUAGCCCAAAGGAGUAGCGACGCAUGGUGGUAUAUGAAAGUAGAGGAUCUACUUCCCGAAAGAUAUCAUGAUAAAGCAUCGGACUAUGAAAAGGGCACUGAUACAAUGGAUGUCUGGUUUGACUCAGGCUCUUCAUGGGCUGCUGUACUGGGGAAAGGAGCUGGCCUUAAAUUCCCUGCAGACUUGUACCUCGAAGGUACAGAUCAGCAUCGUGGCUGGUUUCAGAGUUCCUUACUAACAAGUAUUGCUACGAAAGGAAGGGCUCCAUACAGCGGCGUCAUAACUCAUGGAUUUGUGCUUGAUGAGAGAGGUUUGAAGAUGAGCAAAUCUUUGGGUAAUGUUGUAGACCCGUACACUGUGAUUGAAGGAGGGAAAAACCAAAAGGAAGCACCUGGAUAUGGAGCAGAUGUUCUGCGGUUGUGGGUUUCUAGUGUAGAUUACACCGGAGAUGUGAUGAUUGGUCCACAAAUUCUCCGUCAAAUGUCUGACAUUUAUAGAAAGCUGCGAGGGACAUUGAGAUACCUUUUAGGGAAUCUGCAUGAUUGGAAUGCUGAAGAUGCUGUUUCUUACCAUGAGCUUCCAAUGAUUGACCAUUAUGCUUUAUGUCAGCUUGAAAAUGUUGUGAAGAACAUUAAAGAGAGUUAUGAGAAUUAUCAGUUCUUCAAAAUUUUCCAGAUCAUCCAGCGGUUUGUAAUUGUUGACCUAUCAAACUUUUAUUUUGAUGUUGCCAAGGAUCGACUUUAUGUUGGGGGCACCGAGAGUUUUACGAGGAGAAGUUGUCAGACAGUUCUUGCAGAGCAUCUGCUUUCUCUUGUAAGGGUUAUUGCGCCUAUAGUGCCUCACUUAGCAGAGGAUGCAUGGCAGAACCUUCCGUUCCCCUACACCGAUGAAGAUGGUUCUGUGGCCAGAUUUGUAUUCGAUUCGAGAUGGCCUGCCUCAAAUGAAAGAUGGCUUGCUUUAUUGCCGGAAGAAGUUGACAGUUGGGCAGAAAUUCUUGAGCUAAGGACAGAGGUAAAUAAGGUUCUGGAAAUCGCUCGGGGCAGAAAAUUGAUUGGUUCAAGCCUAGAGGCAAAAGUCUUGUUACAUACCUCCGAUGCAAAUCUUGCCUCCCUAUUAUGCAAAAUGAGUGCAGCCACAAACGAUGCAGACAACUUGCAUCGCAUCUUCAUAACUUCUCAGGCGGAGGUAAUUCCGUCUCUGGAGGAUGAACUGACCGCUGACGUUCCUUACACUGGAGAGUGCGAGAUUAACGGCAAGAAAGUCUGGAUUGGUGCCUCCAAAGCAGAGGGAUCCAAAUGCGAGAGAUGUUGGAAUUACUCGCCCAAAGUCGGUUCUUUCCAGAGCACCCAACACUCUGCAGCCGAUGCUACUCUGUCGUGGUCAUUCAAUCGCCUCGUGCCGUAGCAGCAGUCAGCUGAGGUAUUGUUUCAAAACGAGAGGCUGAAACUGUUGCACAGAACUUCAAUUGUUGUUCAUCUUUGGUCGCAUCUUCGGCUACAUUUUAAUUGGGUAUGAUCUCAUCUGGCAACUUCUGGGAUGAUAGGAUCGAUAUCUUACAUAUUUGUGCAAUAAAGCAUUAGGUUUGCAGUUUUCUGAGGAUGCUCAUUGCCUUAUGCAUGUACCCUAGAAAAAGGAAGGUGGUGAUGCCCACACAAAGGUUUGAGAUUUAUCAUUUUUUGCCCCACGAGGCUAAUGAUGUUAGCUUUUGGAAACACAUUUGACAUUUUCACAAGAUUGUAUUUUUAAUGACCUUGUCAAAUGUAUUUAUGGAAGAGCUCUAUGCAAA